AUGGAGACACCCGCCUCAGCCCCUGCCGCGGAGAAGAAAGAUGGCAAAAGUGGGAGCCUGGAGGGCAACGGCUUUCCCGACCUGGGUAAGAAGGCUUCUCCUCUCUCAGCGGCGGCAGCGGCGAUAGCUGCCCAAGGAGUGCCACAGCACCUCCUGCCGCCGUUCCACGCUCCCUUACCGAUUGACCUGCGACACCAGGAGGGAAGGUACCCCUACGAGCCUCACUCUGUCCACAGCCUGCAUGGGCCUCCUACCCUGAGCGGCAGCCCUGUCAUCUCCGACAUCUCCUUGAUCCGGCUUUCCCCACACCCCACCGGCCCUGGGGAGUCCCCGCUGAGUGCCCCCCACCCAUACGUGACCCCCCACAUGGAGCACUACCUCCGUUCUGUGCACAGCAGCCCCAGCCUCUCCAUGAUCUCUGCAGCCCGGGGCCUCAGCCCCGCUGAUGUGGCACAUGAGCACCUUAAGGAGAGGGGACUGUUUGGCCUGCCCCCUGCCGGCACCAACCCUUCUGACUAUUACCACCAGAUGGCCCUCAUGGCGGGCCACCCCCCACCCUACGGGGACCUGCUGAUGCAGAGCGGGGGAGCCGCAGGCGCACCUCAUCUCCACGACUACCUCACUCCGGUGGAUGUGUCUCGCUUCUCCAGCCCGCGGGUGACCCCCCGACUGAGCCGCAAGCGGGCGCUGUCCAUCUCGCCUCUCUCGGACGCCAGCCUGGACCUGCAGCGGAUGAUCCGGACCUCACCCAACUCGCUGGUGGCCUACAUCAACAACUCCCGCGGCAGCUCCGCGGCCAGCGGCUCCUACGGACACCUGUCAGCAGGUGCCCUCAGCCCAGCCUUCACCUUCCCGCACCCCAUCAACCCCGUGGCCUACCAGCAGAUCCUGAGCCAGCAGAGAGGCCUGGGCUCGGCCUUCGGACACACGCCACCCCUGAUCCAGCCCUCACCCACCUUCCUGGCCCAGCAGCCCACGGCCCUUAACUCUAUCAGUGCCGCGCCUGCCCAGCUCAGCAGCAGCAGCAACUGUCUGGGUGACACCAACCAGAACAAGCAGAGCAGCGAGUCGGCCGUGAGCAGCACCGUCAACCCCAUCGCCAUCCACAAGCGCAGUAAGGUCAAAACGGAAGCCGAGGGCCUGAGGCCCGCCUCCCCGCUGAUGCUGACACAGAGCCAGCUGGCUGGACGCGGCUCAGGGGCGUCCUCUGUCCUCCCCCAGGAGCAGCUGGCUGACCUCAAGGAAGACCUGCAUGGGGAUGACUGUAAGCAGGAGCCCGAGGUGGUCAUCCAUGAGACCAACUGCCACUGGGAAGACUGCGCCAAGGAGUACGACACCCAGGAGCAGCUGGUGCACCACAUCAACAAUGACCACAUCCACGGGGAGAAGAAGGAGUUUGUGUGCCGCUGGCGGGCCUGCACGCGGGAGCAGAAGCCCUUCAAAGCGCAGUACAUGUUGGUGGUACACAUGCGCCGGCACACGGGCGAGAAACCGCACAAGUGCACGUUCGAGGGCUGCUCCAAGGCCUACUCCCGCCUGGAGAACCUGAAGACACACUUGCGAUCCCACACGGGGGAGAAGCCGUACGUGUGUGAGCACGAGGCCUGCAACAAGGCCUUCUCCAACGCCUCCGACCGUGCCAAGCACCAGAACCGCACCCACUCCAACGAGAAACCCUACAUCUGCAAGAUCCCAGGCUGCACCAAGAGAUACACGGACCCCAGCUCGCUCCGCAAGCACGUGAAAACAGUGCACGGCCCGGACGCUCACGUCACCAAGAAGCAGCGCAAUGACGCGCACCUCCGCGCCCCGCUGCUCAAAGAGAACGGGGACAACGAGGCCAGCGCCAAGCCGGGCGGCCGGGGCCAGGAGAGCACCGAGGCCGCCAGCAGCAGCCAGGCCGCAGACGACGGUCUGCACGUCAAAGCCAUCAAGACCGAGAGCUCCGUGCUGUGUCAGUCCAGCCCCAGGGCCCAGUCGUCCUGCAGCAGCGGGCCCUCUCCCCAGGGCAAUACCCCCAACAAUGACAGCGGCGUGGAGAUGCCGGGGACGGGGCCCGGGAGCCUGGGAGACCUGACGGCGCUAGACGAUGCAGCCCUGGGGGCCACCGCCUCCGCCCUGGCUGCCCCCUCGGCUGGUGGCCUGCAGCUGCGCAAACACGUGGCCACCAUGCACCAGUUCGAGCAGCUCAAGAAGGAGAAGCUGAAGUCACUCAAGGAUUCCUGCUCAUGGGUGGGGCCGGCUCCACACACCCGGACCACCAAGCUGCCUCCCCUCCCUGGAAGUGGCGCCAUCCUGGAAAACCUCAGCAGCGCCGGGCCGGCGGAGCUGCUGCCCAGCCCGCGGCUGGCCGAGCUGUCCGGGAGCGAGGUGACCAUGCUGAGCCAGCUGCAGGAGCGCCGCGACAGCACCACCAGCACGGUCAGCUCGGCCUACACCGUGAGCCGCCGCUCCUCCGGCAUCUCCCCCUACUUCUCCAGCCGCCGCUCCAGCGAGGCCUCGCCUCUGGGCCCCGGCCGCCUCCACAACGCCAGCUCCGCCGACUCCUACGACCCCAUCUCCACGGACGCGUCGCGGCGCUCCAGCGAGGCCAGCCAGUGCAGCGGUGGCUGCUCGGGGCCGCUGCACCUCACCGCGGCGCAGCAGUACAGCUUGCGCGCCAAGUACGCGGCGGCCACCGGCGGGCGCUUCCACAGCGCCAGCAACGUGAGCCCGGCCGCGCUGCCGCCCGAGCGCCGCGCCUUGGGCCCGCAGUCCUACCUGGUGGGCCGCGGCGUCUACUCGCCACGCCCUCCCAGCAUCAGCGAGAACGUGGUGAUGGAGGCGCUGGCGGCCGAGGCGGAGGGCGCGGGGCCGGAGGACGACCUCGUGUUGCCUGACGAUGUGGUUCAGUAUCUGAAGGCCCGUGCCAGCGGCGCCCUGGAGGAGAGUGGCCCGCAGAUCUAUCCCGCCGAGAGCUCGGGCUUCACCGGGAACCCCAAGCUGCCCAGCCCGGGGCUGCACAGCCAGCAUAAGAUGGUGGCAGCGGACUCCAACGUGGGUCCUUCGGCCCCCGUGCUGGGAGACUGCCAGCUGGGCUACCGGGCACCUGCGAGCCAGAACAAAAGCAACAUGCCUGUGCAAUGGAACGAGGUGAGCUCGGGCACCAUGGAUGCCCUGGCCAGCCAGAUGAAGCCUCCACCCUUCCCACAGGGCAAUCUGGUGGUGGUGCCACAGAAACAGGCCCUUGGCCAGUACUCGGGCUUCAGUCAGCAAGGGCUGCAGACUAGCCCAGGGGGGCUGGACAGCGUGCAGCCCCACCUGCAGCCCCACUCUGGGCCCAGGGUGAACUACAUGCAGCAGCUUGGACAGCCAGCCCCAGGUGGCCAGUGUCCCCGCUUGACCACUGCAGUGAGCCCCCACUCCAGCUACGGCCAAGCCCACUCCCAGCUGGGCCCCAGCGCCAUGGGAGGGGCCCUGAGCCAGUUCUCCCCAUCCUGCAGCAACAUGGCGGCCAGGCCAGGCCACCUGGGGCUCCCUCAUCAAAUGGAGGUGGCUCCUGACCCCACCAUGAUAGGCAACAGCCACAGGGAACUUGGGGUCCCCAGUUCCACCCUGGCCACGGUGCCGCCAGCUUUCCCAUCCCAGAACUACCCACAGCAGAGCUACCACCUGGCAGCCCCCGUGAGCCAGGAGGGCUACCACCAGGGCCCCAGCCUUCUACCUUCUCACCAGCCUGGCUUCGUGGAUCCCCAGCAGGGCAUGAUGGGCGCGGCAGCGUCAAGCUUUGGCCUGGUGCAGCCCCAGCCCCCCGCUGAGCCCAGCCUUGCCAGCCGCCAUCGUGGGGUGCGUGCUGGCCAGCAGCUGGCCUAUGCCAGGACUACUGGCCAUGCCAUGACUGUUGGGGCGACCAGCCAGGGGGCACCAGAGGCCACGCCCAAGGGAGCGAUGGGAACUAUGGUGCCGCUGCCCCCACAGCCGCCCCCACAGGACACAGGCGGGGCCCAGGACCACAGCCUGCUCUACUACUAUGGCCAGAUCCACAUGUACGAGCAGAACGGAGGCAUGCAGGGCCACGCGGACUGCCCGGCCAUGCAGACCCAAGCCUGUGCAGACAGCAUGAAGCCUCAGCCCUCGCCGGGGGUCAACCAGGUGUCCAGCACUGUGGACUCCCAGCUCCUGGAAGCCCCUCAGGUUGAUUUUGAUGCCAUCAUGGAUGACGGAGAUCACUCGAGCUUGCUCUCGGGCACCCUGAGUCCCAGCCUCCUCCACAACCUCUCCCAGAACUCCUCCCGCCUCACCACGCCCCGAAACUCCCUGACCCUGCCCGCCAUCCCCACGGGCGUCAGCAACAUGGCUGUGGGAGACAUGAGCUCCAUGCUCACCAGCCUGGCCGAGGAGAGCAAAUUCCUGAACAUGAUGACCUAA